AUGGUUUUAGCAGAUUUAGGUCGUAAAAUCACCACUGCCCUGCAAUCCUUAAGCAGGGCAACCAUCAUCAAUGAAGAAGUACUAAAUUCUAUGCUAAAGCAAAUAUGCGCUGCUCUAUUAGAAGCUGAUGUUAACAUUCGUUUAGUUAAAAAUUUGCGAGAGAAUGUCAGGGCAGUUAUUGAUUUUGAUGAGAUGGCUGGUGGGCUUAACAAGCGCCGAAUGAUACAGUCAGCUGUGUUUAAGGAACUCGUAAAGCUUGUUGAUCCUGCUGUGAAACCAUACCAGCCCAUAAAGGGCAAGCCCAAUGUGAUCAUGUUUGUGGGUCUCCAGGGUUCAGGUAAAACCACAACAUGUACAAAACUCGCAUACCAUUACUUGAGGAAGAACUGGAAAUCCUGUUUAGUGUGUGCUGACACAUUUCGUGCUGGUGCAUAUGAUCAGGUGAAACAGAAUUGUACAAAAGCCCGAAUACCAUUUUAUGGAAGUUACACAGAAGUAGACCCGGUGGUUAUAGCAACAACAGGAGUGGAGAUGUUCAAGAAGGAAGGCUUUGAAAUGAUUAUAGUAGAUACUAGUGGUCGUCAUAAACAAGAGGAAUCACUUUUUGAAGAGAUGUUGGCUGUAGCUAACGCUAUUCAACCUGACAACAUUAUUUUCGUCAUGGAUGCAACUAUUGGUCAAGCUUGCGAAGCCCAAGCUAGAGCAUUCAAAGAAAAGGUGGACAUUGGUUCAGUUAUAAUAACAAAAUUGGAUGGUCAUGCCAAGGGUGGUGGUGCACUAUCAGCGGUUGCUGCAACACAAAGUCCUAUUAUCUUUAUAGGUACAGGAGAACACAUUGAUGACUUGGAACCAUUCAAAACUAAACCAUUUAUUAAUAAACUUUUGGGAAUGGGAGAUAUUGAGGGUCUUUUAGAUAAAGUUAAUGAGCUCAAACUUGAUGACAAUGAUGAGCUUUUGGAAAAACUUAAGCAUGGACAGUUUACACUUAGGGCUAUGUAUGAACAAUUUCAAAAUAUCAUGAAAAUGGGACCCUUUUCACAAAUCAUGGGGAUGAUACCAGGUUUCUCUCAAGAUCUUAUGUCGAAAGGAGGUGAACAAGAAUCAAUGGCAAAACUGAAACGGCUUAUGACAAUAAUGGACUCCAUGAAUGAAGGUGAGCUGGACCAUCGUGAUGGCGCUAAACUAUUUUCGAAACAACCUACCAGAAUCACGCGAGUAGCUCAGGGUGCGGGCGUCACAGAGAGAGAUGUAAAAGAUUUGAUUGCUCAGUACACUAAGUUUGCUGCAGUCGUGAAAAAGAUGGGAGGAAUCAAGGGGCUGUUCAAAGGAGGUGAUAUGGCAAAGAAUGUCAAUCAAACUCAAAUGGUCAAACUCAACCAACAGAUGGCUAAGAUGAUGGAUCCUCGUAUUCUACAACAAAUGGGUGGUAUGACAGGACUGCACAACAUGAUGAGACAAUUGCAGCAGGGCUCUAGUGGGAUGAAUAGUUUAAUGGGUGGCAAAUGA